AUAGUCUACUUUUCUUUGAAGAAGAAGUUUGGUGACUCUUUCCUUUCGACAGAAGACUAUAUGGAAGUACAGGAAUGCAAAAAAGAGAAUUGCGAAGACUCUGAACAAUCUAUGACUAAGCACCAUCCGCGGCAUAUCGUUACGGUUGCACUAUGCGGGGCUGUUGCCCUCAUCGGCCCGUAUGUGGACAAAAUCAAAGAAAUGAAGUGA